AUGGCGUAUCAGACACUGAAUGGUUCGCCGCUGCCUCCGAGCUGCAAAUUGUCUCCGGUGUGUUGCACACAUGGAGCGUCUCUGUCGAUCAUUAAGGUCCCCCAAGUCAGUGGGGUCAGAGUUCAGCUGGAAAUGCACACACUUUGGCAGCAGUUCGACCAGCUCGGCACGGAGAUGAUAGUCACCAAAGCCGGAAGGAGGAUGUUUCCAGCGUUCCAGGUGAAACUCUCAGGGAUGGAUCCUGCUGCGGAGUAUGUUCUGGUCAUGGACUUUAUCCCUGUCGAUAACAAAAGAUACAGAUAUGCAUUCCACAGCUCAUCCUGGUUGGUGGCAGGUCGAGCAGACGUUGCAGCUCCGAGCCGUAUGCACUUCCACCCGGACUCACCGGCUCGUGGGGCCCAGUGGAUGAAGCAGACUGUGUCCUUUGACAUGCUCAAACUCACCAACAACCUGCUGGAUGACAACGGACAUAUGAUAUUGAAUUCCAUGCAUCGAUACCAGCCACGCUUGCAUGUAGUGUAUGCAGAUCCAGCCCGCGACAGUCAUCUAAAUGCCAAUAGAAACUUUUGCUCCUUCUUCUUCCCCGAGACACGAUUCAUGGCAGUCACUGCCUAUCAAAACCACAGGAUCACACAACUGAAGAUUGCCAGCAACCCGUUCGCCAAAGGCUUCAGAACAACAGAGACGCAGGAUUGGGGGGACAAAUCCAGGCCUCUUGUAGAGUGGUGUUCACCAGAAGACAGAGCUGACGACACUGUCGGAAAACAAAUAGCUGACCAGGGCUUAAAAGAGUCCCACGGACAAGACGCCUUACAUCUGGUGGAGCAGAGGGAACAGUUUUGCACCUACACGAACGCAGUGGUAGUCGACGUGGGAAGAAACAAUGGAAACAGUAUUUUAGUCCCAGCUUCCCUCCUCAGCACUUUACCUUCUUACUGGGAAUGUACAGGGUCCACUUAUGAGAGGAACAACCGGUUGUAG